GCGACGCAGAGCAGAUCCGAGCUGGAGAGAAGACGAGAACGCACCGCAGACGCCUCGACCGCUGAGCAGCACCGACUCUCGCAGCGUCGCGCAUCUGACUCCGCAUCCCAAUCGUCCCCAAGAACGCGAGAAGACAGAGUCAUGUCAGCCCCGAAGGAAGUGGCCAUCGGCAUCGACCUGGGCACCACGUACUCGUGCGUGGGCGUGUUCCGGCACGGCCGGGUGGAGAUCCUCGCCAAUGACCAGGGUAACCGCACCACGCCGAGCUACGUGGCUUUCACCGACACGGAGAGGCUGGUCGGCGACGCAGCCAAGAGCCAGGCGGCCCUGAAUCCGCACAACACGGUGUUCGACGCCAAGCGACUGAUUGGGCGCAAGUUCGCGGACUCGACGGUGCAGUCGGACAUGAAGCAUUGGCCCUUCCAGGUCGUCAGCGAGGGCGGCAAGCCCAAGGUGAGCGUGUCCUACCGUGGGGAGGACAAGGCAUUCUACCCCGAGGAGAUUUCUUCCAUGGUGUUGAGCAAGAUGAAGGAGACGGCUGAGGCGUACCUGAGCCAGCCGGUAAAACACGCGGUGAUCACGGUGCCUGCCUACUUCAACGACUCCCAGCGCCAGGCUACCAAGGACGCGGGCGCCAUCGCGGGGCUCAAAGUGCUGAGGAUCAUCAAUGAGCCCACGGCGGCCGCCAUCGCCUAUGGGCUGGACCGGCGGGGCGUUAGAGAGCGCAACGUGCUCAUUUUUGACCUGGGAGGGGGCACCUUUGACGUAUCGGUCCUCACGAUCGACGGCGGUGUUUUUGAAGUGAAGGCCACGGCUGGAGACACCCACCUGGGUGGAGAGGACUUCGACAACCGGCUGGUGAAUCACUUCGUGGAAGAGUUCCGGCGGAAGCACAGGAAGGACAUGAGCGGGAACAAGCGGGCCUUACGCAGGCUGCGCACUGCCUGCGAGCGUGCCAAGCGCACCCUGUCCUCCAGCACUCAGGCCAACCUGGAGAUCGACUCCUUGUUCGAGGGCGAGGACUUCUACACAUCCAUCACUCGAGCCCGCUUUGAGGAGCUGUGCUCAGAUCUCUUUCGCAGUACCCUGGAGCCCGUGGAGAAGGCCCUGCGGGAUGCCAAGCUGGACAAGGCCCAGAUCCAUGACGUCGUCCUGGUGGGUGGGUCCACCCGCAUUCCUAAGGUGCAGAAGCUGCUGCAGGACUUCUUCAACGGCAGGGAGCUGAACAAGAGCAUCAAUCCCGAUGAGGCCGUGGCUUACGGGGCUGCUGUGCAGGCGGCAGUGCUAAUGGGGGACAAGUGUGAGAAAGUGCAGGAUCUCCUGCUGCUCGACGUGGCUCCCCUGUCCCUGGGGCUGGAGACUGCAGGUGGAGUGAUGACCACACUGAUCCAGAGAAAUGCCACUAUCCCCACCAGGCAGACCCAGACUUUCACCACCUACUCUGACAACCAGUCUGGGGUCCUUGUCCAGGUGUUCGAGGGUGAGAGGGCCAUGACUAGGGACAACAAUCUGCUGGGGUGCUUUGAGCUCAGUGGCAUCCCACCUGCCCCACGUAGGGUCCCCCAGAUUGAGGUGACCUUUGACAUUGAUGCCAAUGGCAUCCUGAAUGUGACAGCCACUGACAAGAGCACAGGCAAGGCUAACAAGAUAACUAUUACCAAUGACAAGGGCCGGCUGAGCAAGGAGGAGGUAGAGAAGAUGGUGCGUGAGGCUGAGCAGUACAAGGCAGAGGAUGAGGCCCAGAGGGACAGGGUGGCUGCCAAAAACUCCCUGGAGGCCUAUGUCUUCCAUGUGAAGAGCUCCCUGCAAGAAGAAGGCCUGAGGGACAAGAUUCCUGAAGAGGACAGGCACAGAGUGCAAGACAAGUGUCAAGAAGUCCUCUCCUGGCUGGAGCAGAACCAGCUGGCAGAAAAGGAAGAGUAUGAGCAUCAGAAGAGAGAGCUGGAGCAAAUCUGUUGCCCUAUUUUCUCCAGGCUGUAUGGGGGGCCUGGUGUCCCUGGGGGCAGUAGUUGUGGGGCUCAAGCCCGCCAGGGAGGUCCCAGUACUGGCCCCAUCACUGAGGAGGUAGAUUGAAUGACCUCUCAUGACAAGUCAUCUGUCACUGUCAGGGCUAGGCUUAUAGGUCCUCUAGACUGAAUUCUGUGAUCUUACUUUAUAACUUCAGGAGUUGGAGUGGUGGAGAUCUUAUCCCCAAAUGGGGAGCUUUCUUUUCAGUAUAUUUUAUAACUGAGGUCUUUGUCAUUUGACCUUUCUCCCCUUUACUUCUCUUUUCCCACUUCAAACAAACAAGUUAAUAAUUUAUUAUUAACAUUUUUGUGACACUGUAACAUUUGAAAAUUGCUUUCACCUAUGUUUUGUGUAUUUUGUUACUUGCAUGCAUGGAUUUUGUUAUGUGAAAUAUAGUUUAUAAUUCUAAAUAAAUUUUUAAAACAC